AUGGUGGUCACAAAAGUGGAAAAGCUGGAACCUCUGCCCCUACGAAUGGAAUGGAUGAACGAUCUCGCCCAAGCCGUCGCUUACUUAGAGUCACUUAACCUCGCUCAUGGUGACCUACGACCUGAAAAUAUCUUGCUCGAUCGCAAUCGACUGAAGCUAUCUGACUUUGAUUGCACGGCAGAAAUCGGAGCAGAUUACGAAGCUUGUAUGGCUCCAUAUGGCAGAAUACUUAAUAGCCACGACACAGACCAAGGGAAAAGUGGUACUUUUGGCUUUCUAGGCUCUCGGACGGAGCAGUUUGCCCUUGGCUCCUUGUACUAUCUGAUGAAUUAUGGCUUCGAGGUUUAUGGAGACCGAUGUCUUACUGAGGAUCCUUAUGAGCAUGGGCCCAAGGUCGUGGAGCUCCUGCAGAACAUGGAGUUUCCGAUAUUGGACGGCAACCCGUUGAUCGACGACAUCAUCGACAAGUGCUGGCAUAAUAAAUAUGCCACAGUCUCAGAACUGGCCGCUCAUACAGAAAAGCUUUUGCGUGAAAGUACCCAUACGGUAGCUAACGGAUUGGGUAGCAGAGAGGAAGAGAGCAGAGGUGUGGAAAUCAGAGAGGAUAAAAGAAAAGAGGAAGAAGUGAGAGCCCCUAUCAAGGCCAUCUCUAUCGUCCAAUGGUGUAUGAUUUUAGGGCGCGUAACGCAUGCGUUAUGGUGCGGCCUUGAGGGUUGGUGGGCUUUUGUAUUCCAGAGCACCAAGAACAAGGUCAAAACCGCCGGGCAAGCUAACCAUGACAGUGGUUAUAAAGUGGAUCAGAACCCCUUGGAAGAGGACUUGACUUCCAAAAAGGUAAUUUGUCAGGACUUGGAGAAACGUGGACUUCUUCGCGUACUCUCUUCAGACGAGCCGGAGCAACUUGGGUUCACAUUUGAUUGCGCCUACAGCCGCGCCGAUGAUCGGUCUCUGGGCAAAGGAGUACGCUUGACGCAAUGUCCGCGGUGCAAGCGAUUCGCCGACAAAUACGUCGAGUAUGAUUUCGUUGUUAUAUUCAUUGAUCUCGUCUUGAUCAAGCCGCAGGUAUACCGGCAUCUCCUCUUCAAUCGCCUCGAAAGCGACGAGCGCAAGUUUGAUCCUUCGAUCACCCGCCUAGGCGUCCUCCUCCUCCUCUUCGAUGUCUAUCUCACAUGGGCGCGGAUCGAAAAGUCCCCGUCAAUCGAGGGGACCUUCCUCGAGCGCACUCCCAUUAUCAUCCAAUACCUUUUCUUUCUAACAUUAAAUGCACUCGCAACCCUUGCCCACCACCUCACAGUCCGUCUCCUCGCUUCAAUCAUCGCUCCAGCAUCAUCAUGUUCACCUACGCCAACGAGACAACCCACCACUACCCCCAAUGCCGCCGCGACCGAACCUCAACCCGCCGUCGUCUCAGACCCCACGACUCCAGUCCUCCCCUCUUUUCCCCCGCAACAGGCGCCAGCUCAACAUUCCUCGCUAAGCCCACCAAAAGGUACGCCGCAGAGUUCCGCGCAAGAACUCCCAGGUGUUGAGAACCAACGGCCCCUCCAGCCGUCCCCUUCCAGCCCCCGCGACUCGUUCUGCGGCUUGCCGCCGCCCCUACGCCGCGCGUCGACGGCGCCUGUACAAACCAUUCAGCCUCUUUCCCCACCAUCUCAGACUACUCCGACGGCAAUUAGUACCGCGCUCUUCGUGAGCAGCUGCGCGAAACUUUUCCCGAUCCUUCUUGUUAUAUGGGGACCCGAUGGUCGCAUCUCCAGCUCCAGCUCGACCUACAGUUCGGGUUCGAUCACGGGUGCAGCAUCCACAGCACAGUCGAACAUCGCACAGCGAGCGCUAGGCGGCACAGUCUCUGCGAUACCUAGUUCAGUCGGCUCCAAUACAUCAGUCGAGCCACCGUCGUCCGUCUCCGCAUCCUUACUAGAAGGUUUGAUCCGUGUCAUACCAUCCGGGAUACCCACGAGCUACGUAAUAAGUCUCGUGGACCUGGUGAGUUCGCUGUUCACGUUGGGCGCUGCGGAUGCGCACCUUGUGCUGCUGAGCAACAUCGAGGCUUUAUAUAUCCUCCUGGGAUGUGGAUAUUUUCGGGCUAUGGCGCUGGCGGUCGCGGGGUUGAUGGCUAGGUGGACAGUCCAGAAGGUUAUCCUGGGAGCUGUGGGCGUCGGAUGA